AUGAAGCUUUCCACCAUCAGCGGCGCUUCCACGCUCUUCUGCAUCUUAGCGCAAGUGAAAGCUUUUUCAAUAGCGCCAAUACAAGCUCCAUUACCAGUCCCAUUACCAUCGCCUGAUCCGAACCAAGAAUUCAAUUUCCAGUGCCCAGAUGGGAAAAGAUUCACAAAAUUUGAACUCAUGCAAGUAGUUCUGGGAGCAAGUGAAUAUAUGAUUACCAAUACAUCAGAGGAUCAAUAUCCUCUUAAAUAUGAAUAUCUUGAGUACGACAUUCAUGGAGAACUAUGGUAUCACAUUAUGAAAGAGGGCCCAGAGCCACAUUAUUUUGUUAUAUUCAACUUAGACAAACAAAUAGCGGGCUUAAUCAGGCGCACUUCUGUCGAAGACGAAGACGAUAUCUUAGAACCUUGUGGUUUCAUGUAA